AUGACUGUCAACUUGGUCAGUCCGGUGCUAAGAAUUGAGGCUCUUUGCUUAACUUGGGCCUCUCGGGAAGCGGGGACUGCGGUCAGCUACGUUACCCGCCCGGGACCGAAGGGGGACCCAUCGGUGCUGGCCUCCCCGUGGCCCGCGCCUGCAAGAGGUCGAAAAUGGCCCAAGCUCCUUCAGCUGAACACCCGGCGCUAUGCCGGAAGAGGGCAAGCUCCACCCUUUGCCCGGACACAACAUCGACCUCCGGUGCCCGAGCAACUGCAACGCCAUGUCCGUACACCACCAAAAGACAAGGGCGAGAACUGGGCAAAGCAUCCUUCUCUGGACAUCCCCAUCGGCCUUGACAAGUCGGCUUCUGGAUCUCGUCAUGACUUUCUUCUUGUGAGACAUUCCUAUGCGGGCUAUGAUGGCCUUGCGUGGCUUCGCGUCGCGCCCUCUGCCUGUCACACUAUGCUGCCGGCCACCGCGUCCAAGAUAAGCAGGCAGGGCAGAAUGGCGGCGAUGGCCAUGUCUCUUCCGCCAGACGAGCUCGUGGUCCGAACCUCCCUCCCCGUUCCAUUAAGCAAUAUUUUCCCGCUGCCAAGCCCCAAAAGAUUUGCGCGUGCUACAUUCUUUGUUUACAUUUCGUGGCUUCACUCGAAAUCUUCCAGCUGCCCAAAUCCUCACGACAGCUUCAACAUGGCGGACGCAGGUGCGAGGCCCGUCGAGGGCGAUACUGCCUCAGAGAAGACCCGUGAGGUGGAGACGUCCAACAGCUCCACGCGGACCUUGACUCCGAGAGAAAGCGACGAGCGGCAGCAGAAGAAGUCAUCCGAGGAGAAGCCCAUCGAACCCGAAAUUGAGAGCGAGAGACCAACAGAAAAGGCAACAGUUCAGUCCUCGGCGAUAUCAGCAAACGAGAGCCAUAACGAUGUGGCCAAGCAGCCAGACGUCGACGACGACGUCGAUGAAAAGGCCGAUAUCGAAGGGGGACCAUCCACGGGGCCCCCGCCCGUUUUCGAUGAAGCCGAGGAAAACUUCAAGCCGAAAACCAUUACCUUUUGGCUCGUCAUUCUGUCCAACUUUGUAGCAAUGUUUCUCGUUGCUCUGGACCGCACAAUCAUUGCCACGGCCAUCCCACGCAUCACUGAUGAGUUUCAAAGUCUUGGCGAUAUCGGCUGGUACGGUUCAGCGUACAUGCUCACGACUGCGGCCUCGCAAUUAGUGUUUGGUAGAAUCUACAAGUUUUACAGCCUGAGGGGAGCAUUCCUUGGAAGCAUUCUCAUCUUUGAGAUUGGUUCGCUAAUCUGCGGUGUGGCGCCGAGCUCGUCGGUGCUCAUUGCGGGCAGAGCCAUUGCCGGUGUUGGUUCGGCUGGCAUCUUUACGGGAGCGAUGAUGGUCAUGAUUCCCAUGAUCCCGCUGCACAAGAGACCCAUGUUCCAAGGCAUCUUUGGCAUGGUGUUCGGUCUGGCGUCUGUCAUUGGACCCUUGGUUGGCGGUGGCUUCACGAGCAACGUCACAUGGAGAUGGUGCUUCUACAUUAACCUCCCUAUUGGAGGCGUGGCGUUCGUCUUUUUGUUCUUCAUGCUCAAGGCUCCCAGGCGGCAGCCUCAAGAGCCGGCUACGCUGUUUCAACACUUUAAGCGCCUCGACCCCUUGGGAACGUUCUUCUUCGUCCCCUCCGUGGUAUCCCUCCUUCUGGCGCUCGAGUGGGGCGGAUCAGAGUACGCGUGGAACGACGGCCGCAUCAUCGCCUUGUUUGUCGUUUUCGGCGUUGGCUUCAUGGCCUUCGCUGCCGUGCAGGUCUUUAUGCCCAAGACCGCCACUGUGCCUGUCAGGAUCAUCAAGCAAAGAACCAUGCUGGCGGGUGCCUUCUUCAUGCUGUUCUUGGCCGGCUCGAUGAUGCUGGCCGUGUACUACCUGCCCAUCUGGUUCCAAGCUGUGCAGGGAGCCAACCCGGUCAACUCGGGAAUCUACACCAUCCCUCUCGUCCUCAGCAUCGUGGUAUCCUCCAUCAUCUCCGGUGGUGCGACGCAAAAGAUUGGAUACUACGUCCCAUCCAUGAUCCUCUGCCCCUGCAUCAUGUCCGUGGGCCUGGGCCUGAUGAGCACUUUCCAACCAGGUAUCAGCUCCGGCCACUGGAUCGGCUACCAGUUCCUGACCGGAUUCGGCCUGGGCUUCGGCAUGCAGACCGUUGGGCUCGCGGUACAGGCGGUUCUCCCCAAAGAGGACGUGUCGACCGGCGUCUCCAUCAGCUUCUUUGCCCAGCAAUUGGGAGCCGCAGUCUUCGUCUCCGUUGGGCAGUCCAUCCUCAGCAACCUGCUCGUGUCGGAGCUCUCGGGCAUCCCGGGGCUGUCUGCGCAAGCCAUCGUCAACACUGGCGCCACCAACCUGCACACUGUUGUGCCGGCGCAGUUCUUGGACGUGGUUGUCCGAGCGUACAACUACGCCUGCACGCGCAUCUUUUUGGCCGGUAUGGGGCUGUCUCUCGCGACGCUCAUCUGCGCCUUGUUUAUGGAGUGGAAGAACAUCAAGAAGAACAAGAAGCAGCAGCGGGCCAAGCAGCGUGUCAGCCAGCUGAGGCCAGGAGACAUGGGCGCGUAG